AUGAAACUCACAACGAACUCUUGCCAUUCUGACUCUUUGACAAAUACAGAAUGCCCGUAUCCGUAUCAGGAACACUGGGAAUUAGAAUAUGCUAGUUCUUCCGAAAGUUUGCGAUCGCCUGGCGGUGUUUCAGGUACAUUAGAGGUAAGACUAGGUCGUAUGAAGUUGACUGAAGAUUCUCCCAUGAACCAAGGAGGAAGGGGUCGAAGGAAAUACCAUCGGCAGAGACAAAGAGACCGCAGACACUCAGCAAAUGUUCCACAAUCUCACAUUACGCCUCAUGAAGAUGAAAGGUGCUCAUCAAGUAACAGGCUACCAAGGCAGAGUAAUAAAUGUUCCAAGAAUACGGGAAGUGGGAGGGAAGCUGGAAAAGAAGAGCUGAGGAAAAAGACCCAACUUAAAGCAAAAAAACGCCGUGAACAUAGAAACAAACCUUUGCAAAAUCAAAACAGUCAUCAAGAUGGCAGUUUAGCUACCCCGUUACUAGCCAGACCAGCUCAGAACCCAUGUGAUUCUACUAAUAGUCAAAGUAUGGAAGACGUGAAUGGACUAGAGCAAAGAGCGAUCCGCGUUCUUCAGUCUGCGACUAGACUUCAAAGAGCGCCCCAAAGGUCAUCCCCAAUUGACAUAUAUCAUCAAAUGAUUCGGCCACCUCCGAGAGAUGAAUAUGCUGCUAGAGAUGAGGAGAUACCACCGUAUAGGGCACAACUUCAUAAGUACCUCGAUCUUGUUUCUUAUGAUGAACGAUUCUCUCCUGUGCUUCGAGUCAAUCGUUAUUUGGUUCGAGGAGAAGGAGAAUUGAGCGGUGCAAUCAACAAACUAUCUUGUUCAAAUGUCUUACCUAAGAGGACAAACCUAUGGGCGGUGUCCCACAUUGAUGACAACGAGUAUGAACAAAUGGUGCCUGCGCUCAUAUCUGAAGGCAGCUAG